AGCGAUAACUUUUUAUGAUUAGAGAGUUUGUCACACGUUCGAGGGUAGAACAGGCGAAAACUGCUGUUUAUUGAGUGAUUUACGGAGCAGAAGUGCAGCCAGAAUGUCAGCGGGAGUGCUAGCGGGAAAAGUGGCUCUGGUAACAGGUGCCGGUUCGGGAAUCGGGCGUGCCACCUGCCGUCUUUUGGCCCGAGAUGGAGCCCUGGUGAUCGCCGCCGAUCGCAACCUCAAGGCGGCCCAGGAAACGGCCCAGCAACUGGGUGCGGAUCGAUCGGCCGCCCUGGAGGUGGACGUCUCAUCCGCCCAAAGUGUCCAAUCCGCGGUGACCGAGGCGCUCGCGAAAUUCUCGAAGGCCCCCAGCAUUGUGGUCAACUCGGCGGGGAUCACCCGCGAUGGCUAUCUGCUGAAGAUGCCCGAACGGGACUACGACGAUGUGUACGGGGUCAACCUGAAGGGGACCUUCCUGGUCACGCAGGCCUUCGCCAAGGCCAUGAUCGAGCAGAAGCUGGAGCACGGCAGCAUCGUGAACCUAUCGAGCAUCGUGGCCAAGAUGAACAACGUGGGCCAGGCCAACUAUGCGGCCACCAAGGCCGGCGUCAUCUCCUUCACCGAGGUGGCAUCCAAGGAGUUCGGCAAGUUCGGCAUCCGGGUGAACUGCAUCCUGCCCGGCUACAUAGACACGCCCAUGGUUGCCGUGGUGCCCGACGCCAUCAAACAGCAGGUGGUUCAGCGCUGUCCCCUGGGAAGAUUGGGCCAGCCGGAGGAGAUCGCCGAGGUGAUCGCCUUCCUGGCCUCCCCCCAAUCCUCCUACGUCAAUGGGGCCGCCAUCGAGGUCACCGGCGGUCUCAAGUGAUCGGCCAAGGAGGAUAUACUAUCCAAAACAAAUGCCAUGCAUAACUCAAACCCCCCUAGUAAGGCUAGAUAUUAAGUCAUAUAGGUCCAAUCUAGGUUUGAGCUAUGGAAAACCGACUGUGUAUAUCAGGGAUGGGCCCAGAACAUUGCAUUUACUUGUCCAGCCAUUCAGUAAAGUUUUUCGUUUCAUAAUAUAUAUGUACAUGUCGCAAAUUGAA